UCCGACUCCGUUUUUUCUUCUUUUCUUUGGACUUUGAUACGUUUGCACCCAACUCGCACGAAUCAUCCACCUACUACUCCCUACCACCUUCCCCGUCUCUCUGUCUUCUGUGUUUCUCUGUCCGACUCUCCGAAAUGACAGAAUUUAGCUCUCUUAGCUCUGACCUGACGGGGCACAUCCUCUCCCUCCUCCCAAUCCCUACCCUCAUCAGAGCCUCCACCGUCUGCAAGACCUGGCAUUCCAUCAUCUCCUCCCCCACCUUCCCCUCUGCCUCCUCCCUACCCCAUAGCCGCCCCUGGUUUUUUCUUUACGGCCUCCACAACACCUCCUCCAAGAACCAUCAGUCCUUCGCCUUUGAUCCUCUUUCCGAUGCCUGGUUUCGCCUCCCUUGUUCCUCCUUCCCUUUCCCUUCCCCCACUUCUUCCUCCUUCCUCGGAUCCCAUGGCUUCCUCUUCACCACCGCCCCCCUUUUCGCCUUCUCCCCUAUCCUCCAUCGCUUCUCCAACAUCUUUACCACCUCCCCUCUCAACUACUCCCGUGUCAACCCCCUCCUCGGCGUCUUCUACGCCAAUUCCGACAAACCCAGAUUCAUUGUUGUCGGUGGUGUCAGAUUUAUCGGCAACCUAGUUGACAUCGAGGAUCGUUUGGCCGUCGAGAUAUACGAUCCCCAUAUGGAUUCCUGGGAGAUCUGUCCUCCUUUACCCGCCGAUUUCAGGUCUGGUAACUCAUCCUCCUCCUUGUCCUCGGCCUUGUUCGGAGGCAAAUUCUACGUCUUUGGCAUCUACUCCUGUUUCGUGUCGUCCUUCGAUUUGGAAAAACAUGUCUGGAGCGAGGUCCAGACGCUUCGUCCUCCUGGGGUUAUCUUCUCGUUCAUGAUCUCCUGCAGGGACCGGCUUGUUCUGGCUGGAAUAUGUAAUUCGCCGCAAGGGUCUUCCUUUAAUGUGUGGAGGAUUGACGAGAACACCAUGGAGUUUAGCGAGAUUGCGAUCAUGCCUCAGGAUUUGCUUUACAGCUUGUUUGAUAGUGACGAGGAUGACAAAUUUGCGAGCUUGAAGUGUGUUGGGCUAGGUGAUCUUAUCUAUGUUUUUAACGAAGACUACCAUAAGAGAUACCCAGCUUGCGUCUGUGAGGUUAGUACUGAGUCUGGCAAAUGUAAUUGGAGGAGAGUGCCUCGAUUACCUACACCUGUUAACAAGUUUCACAAGGUCAUUAGCUUCUGUUCCACCGUUUCACUGCAUAAUAUGCUUCUGGGUGGAGAGGAAAGGGUCGAUGAGGUGCAGGCUAUAUCUGAGUGAUCAAUUCGUCAAUUUACGUGCAAUGCAGAUGAUGGAUUUGCAACAUUCAAAUACUUGGUAAGGUACAGAAGAUGUUUUCAUCAAAAUGAAUUCAUAAUGCAGCUGGAGUUGGGUCCUUUUCUCUUUCACCAUAUGCAUUUUGUUGACUUCCAUUCAGUAUUGCCCAAAAGAUAUUCUUGGUGACAUCGAAGGAAAUCGUGACAGGAGCAAGUGUUAAUUGUUAAUUCAUUUUUUGUUUGUAUAUCAAUCCCUUGAGGCUUCCUCUCAUCGCUCUUGCUGUUUAAUUGCAUUGGCAUCAAAAUGAUUACAGUUAUUAUUGUAAUUGUAAUGUAGUUUGUUUAUUUGGUGUUCUGGGGUGAGUUUUCAAAUGCACUGAUAUAAACUCAUGUAUGCUGUAAUAAGUUUCAGAUGGAUACUUUCUGUAAACCUUUUUCGUAAGUAAUUUGCAUUCUGAUUAGAUCAA